CGGUGACAUUCCCGGCUCUUCCCGGCCGCUCCGGCUGCUCCCGCGGCUCCGGCUCCUCCGGCCGCCCAUGCCCCGGCCGCUGCCCCCGCCGGGGAGGCCGCGAGGGGCCCAGCCUCGCACAGGGAUGAUUUGUGCUUGUUCUCCCUUCCUUUCCUGCGAGCUGUGGCAGAAAAUGUCACUUACUUUCUCAUUUUGGUUUCUGCUGGCUGAUUGAAAGGAGUCUACCCACAGAAGGGCUUCUGCACUGCUGGAGACCACGUCUAGCUCACCCAGCCCCCUAGACAACGUGCUCAAUGCUUUGAGACUGGAAGGAUCUUGCUCUGCAAUGAAGAUGGAGGCAGCAGGAAAAGCAGAAGAACUUGUUGAUUCAGAAAUUCCACCAAAGAUUUCUGAAAAGCAAGAGACUACUCCUGAUGAAGUCAGGCCUAUAGAACUCGAGACACAACCUCAAAAGGACAGCGUGCCCACUGCAGCAGACUCUGCAGUGCUCUCUUCCAUGCCUUGUUUGCUGAUGGAACUGAGGCGGGACUCCUCGGAGUCUCAGCUGGCAUCUACAGAGAGUGAUAAGCCAGCGGGUGGCCGAGUUUAUGAGAGUGACUCUUCUAAUCACUGCAUGCUUUCCCCUUCCUCCAGUGGGCAUUUGGCUGACUCAGACACGUUGUCUUCCGCAGAGGAGAAUGAGCCCUGCCAAGCUGAAGCCGCCUCAGAGGGAGACCCUUCUGCAGUGUCUGGGGCUGCAGUCGGGAGGAAAUCCAGGAGAUCCAGGUCCGAAAGUGAGACUUCAACAAUGGCUGCCAAGAAAAACCGACAGUCUAGCGAUAAGCAGAACGGCCGAGUUACCAAGGUAAAGGGUCACCGGAGCCAAAAGCACAAAGAGAGGAUCCGGCUCUUGAGACAGAAGCGGGAGGCAGCUGCUCGCAAGAAGUACAACCUGCUGCAGGACAGCAGUACCAGCGACAGUGACCUGACUUGUGACUCCAGCACGAGCUCGUCAGAUGACGAUGAAGAGGUUUCAGGGAGCAGCAAGACAAUCACUGCAGAGAUACCAGCUGGCUUCAGUCGUGCUGGGGGAUCUGGAGGAGCGACCAGGGAAAUUCCAGGAUUGCUUGACAGGGGCACCGUGUGGGAUAGGAACUGCAUAGGCAAUGUCCUGGAAGAGGCCAUGAACUGCUUUGCCGAGAUGCAGAGGCAGACAGAGGAGAAAUUCCGCAUGUGGAUAGAAAAGCUAACCCGUCUUGACACGGACGAAGAAAGCAAGCAACAACUGGAGCCCAGGGAACCUAAAAUCCAACUAGUUGGCCAAAGAAUCCCCCCUACCACACAGUCAGGAGCUUUUGUGCAUAUGCCUGAUAGCCAAGUACUUCCUCAGCAGCCAUUUAAUUCGUACGUGGGCUAUCAAAAUGACGAUGCCACACUAGAGUUUCCAGCAACUUUUAAUAACAAUUUUCCUCCUGUCUUUCCAGAGAAUGGGAAUAUGGCAGAGCCUGAUCUGAAUCAAUCAUAAACUUUAAAAAAAAAUAAAAAAAAAAUAAAAAAAAUAUAAAUAAAUCUGAUCUUUGCAAUCUUGAUGUUAUUUUGGAUUCAGCUAAAAUCAAGGUUUGCUUUUCUCUUUGUAUGUGUUUGUUUUGUUCUCUCUUUUGGGUUUUAUUACCAUGAUAUUGUUUGUUUUUCUUAAUUUAUAGUGAAUAUAUGUAGUUAAAAAAAAAAAAAUCGCAGUAUACCCACCUGCAUGUGCCAGUACACACAUAUAAACACCUUUAGAGGUGUGUGGGGGGAGCCACCCUAAGCUUUCAUCACCAAACUCGAGAAAAUAUAACUUAGAAUCCUUGCCUAGAUGCCCCAAAAGCAGUAGGGCUGUGUUUGCUACAAUAGGAGCAUUCAGGGUAUUCAUCCAGAUGCCCUCUUUGCAUGUUAAAAUGUUUAUAUAAGGAAAAAAGUAUUAUAUUUAAAGAGGUGAAGCACCCUAGAGAUCCAGACUAGAUACAGACCCAUUAGAUUUCCUUAACUCUCUGUUUACUCUCAAGUUUUGCAGCUUGAUCAUGCCACACAUUAGCUUCUUCAUUUUUAGGCAGAACUAAUAAAUAAGCUUACCCUAAAAAUAUAGCUGUCUAUAAGAAGCGUGCCCAGCAGAUUUAAUUCCUUUUUGUCUCCCAUUCAGCAGUUCAUUCCCUGUCCAGGGUUUUUAUCAAUGUGACUGCUGUGUUGCACAUGGCAUAUUUAUGGAGGCAGCUGCCGUAACCCUGCGUGCACGCACAGGCACAUGCACACCCACCUCCGUGUGCUUGGUUUGGGUGCAGGUCAUCUCCACCAGCUCCAGGUGUCUGCUCUGCUGUUCCCUGGGUCUCAGUGGGAAGAGAUCCUGACUGAGGAUGCCUCCUGGCAGUGUUUUUCUCCCCCAUAAGCUGUCCCUAAGCUCACUUAUCAGUGGUCCCUAAGAGAUAACUUUGGGGUGAGAUGAGUCACCCCAACCUGUGCACACGGAGCGGCCGCUGCUUCCUCCUGUAAAUGCAGCCCAGCCACAUCCUUCACGCUGGAAUAAAAACAAUCCUGUCUGCCCUCAGAUAAGCAGCCGUCAGGGGAUGGGGUUGAGCCUCAGCACAGGAAUUUAAAGGAAGGGCUGAUAAGCAAACACCGUGGUGGUCUGAUAGCUGCUGGCCUGAGUCAGACUGGACCACGCAUGAACGCCACUGAAAUCAUUCUUUACUUGUGAUGGGGAAUGCCACAGCAUUGGAUUCAUUUAAGUGAGGCAAGAAUUUGCUGGUUUGUGGGUUCUUUUUUUGUACUAAUAGUUAUCCUGAAUAGGCAGGCUUGAAACUGUGAUGUUUAAAGUAGGAUUAAUUUAAACUAUAUAUUAGCAAUAUUUAGUUCUUACUCUUAAUUGCUACACACAGGGAUUUUUUGCUCACCUCUCCAAUGAGGCCUUCCUUCAUGUGAAGUAACUUCACUGUAGCUACCAAGAAAAUGUAUAUUUAUCAUCAGGUAGAACUUGAUAGAAGUUUCUAAUGAAAAUGAAAUCAAAAUUUUUACAAUGGAAAAUGAAAGUCUGCAGUUUAAGUAAAGAAAACACUUAGGUCUCCUUUAGCUCAGUUACUCUGGCUUUUAAACCACAGUCACUUUUCCCCUAAUUGUUUUAGUUUACUUUCUUUUCCUCCUGUUGGGAGUAACCACAGUAUCUUCCGUAGGUCAGGGGGUUUUUUUACCCUCCCUGAAGUCAGUGGGAGUUUUUCCAUCAAUUUAUGUGACAGUUUGGAUCAAACCUGUAACAGGAACUCAAGAAAUACUUUUUGUUAUCAGUAUAAUAUCGACACUGGUAUUUUAACAUUAUUCUUGUCCUAGACUGACUUUAUUUUUAAGUAUAUGAUGCUUUCAUUAAAAAAAAAAUUAGGUUAGAGACCUGUGUUAUUUUCAGAGUAACUGUUUGAAAGACAAUGCAGGAGAUAAUUUUUAAGUACUGGGAUAAAGUCUUUUCAGAUCACCUUCAUGCAUAAUUUUGAUACACAGAUUUUGAUACGAACUUGCUAGAAAAUGCUCUUGUCUGAAAUUGUGUGCAUAUUAGGUGAAAGUUAAACAAGUUGUUCUAUGUUUGAUUGCAAUUUAAAAGCUUAUCCUCAUCUGUUUAAAAAGAUCUUUCAGGGAAGAGUAUUUGCUGAUAAAACAACCCCCAUCAAAAUGGAUCCUUCUGGUGUUCAUAGAUUAUAUAUAUAUGAGAUAGAUAUAUAUAUAUAUACACAUAUAUAUAUAUAUUUAUAUAUGUAUUUAUAUCUAUAUCUAUAUAUAGAUAUAUAUAUGAUAUAUAUGAUUUAUGAUGAUGAUAAGAGCAAAAUAUUUUAAAGCAUGACAACUUUACAAAUCUUCCCCUGCAUGCAGAAGCAGCUUUUUGCAGUGACUGGUUUAUUUUAAUGUGUAUGUCUAUAAGCAUGCCCAUAGUGUUUUUUGUAAAAUAGUAUAAAUUGAACAUUUAGAUAUUUCAGAGCAAAUUGUGUAAGGAGUUCAGUUGAACUUAUUUAUUUCUCAGACUGAAACACCUUUACAUAUAUAUCUCAUAAAUGGGUAACUUAAUUAGGUAUGUAGCCAGUGAAAUUUCUGCAAAUUUUCAAUGUAUUGGUCAGGUAGUCUUUAAAAAAGAAAAAUAUUGAAAGAAUUCAGUGUAUGAAUAGAUAAAAAAUUGUGUUUGGUUACUGGAGGCAAAAAUUUAAACCUUUUAUUUUUUCCAUCACUGCUAACUGUUGUUUUCAGUGCAAGCAGCUGUGAACAUAAAAGAACAAGCAGAGGAUGAUAGAAGUUGAGCAUACGGACUUUAAAGCUGUAUACUCUUUCUAGGAAAAAAUUAUCUCAAUUCUCCCAGAAGACUGAGGGAAUAGUUCCUAUUAGAUAUAAUUUUAAUUUAAUUUCCCCAUGAAAGCUACCUAGUUGAAGGUGAAAAACACUUGUGCAAGAUCAGUGGCUGUAAAUUGAUUUGUAACAGGUAAAUAAUGUUUCCUUUGGUCACUCCUUCCACUUGGCUCAAAACCAGAGCCAAAUCUUCAGCUUUUCGAAAACCCUCUCCUUUGAAAUGAAAAGUGUGCGCUGAUGUGCACAGCUGGGUAUCCGCUCCAUGAGCUGGUUUUCCACUUGGGGAAAUAGGUUUGGCCUGAGAGGGGAACCCCACCUUUCUGUUGUUAAGGUGUAGUGUAGCCUGCCUGAUGAAGGAUUUGCUCAUAAACCAGGAGCGUUUCUUGCUCUGUGUUCUGAAUCUGGGAGGUGCAGAGCCCUGAAGGAACCAACCUCCAGAUGCCAAUACUAGUGAUGAGUCUGUGUUUUAACUGUGUGUGACAGCCUUUGGCAUAUCUUUCUUUGAGAAAACAGGUUCCCAACACAAAGUUUCAGAUUCUAUUUUUUUUGCCUCCUGGGAAUAUUUUUGCUAUAUUUUUACGACAUGGCUGCAGUUGAGUUUGUCAUGAUUUCCAUUAUGAGCUCUGAUUUUCAAAGGGCUUCAACUAGAAACCCUCAGGGAGUUAAAAUUUCUUCAGAUGAAAUUUUAACAAGUUUUUAUCUUACCCAUUCUGUAUCUCAUGGAAAAUGUCUGACUUAUCAAAAACUACUUUAGGACUAUCAGAAGAAAACUCAUCUACUUUUCAAGCCUGAGUUACAUUUUGAACGUAUGUUUAUGCUCACAACUCAUCAAAGUACUUCAAAUUUAACAAGGAGAAAGAAAUCUACUGAUUUCUCCCCUACAUGCACAGACAUUUAGAGUUUCUCUAAUUGCCCCAGGACUUAUACUUCAGAAUGGUGUAAAGAAACAUUUUAGUUCCUUUAAAGAAUUUUACUUAUGGUUUGAACGGGUCAGAUGCAUCGAGUCAGGUGAGCUGGUGUAGACUGGUGUAAUUCCAGGGAUGAUUGUGCCAGUUUAAACCCCACUGGCCUGUUCAGAAAAUCAUGGAAUGAUUUGGGUUGGAAGGGACCUUGAAGCUCAUCCAGUCCCACCCCCUGCCAUGGGCAGGGACACCUUCCUCUCUCCCAGGUUGCUCUGAGCCCCGUCCAGCCUGAACAGGGACACUUCCAGAAUGGAUGGGGCAGCCAGAGCUGCUCUGGUUCAGGCUCCUAUAUUAUUAUCACCUCAAAUAUUGAAUUAUGUGUUUGCAACAUGGCAGCUGUUCCAGCCUAGAGCAGUGGAGCACCUGUACAACCCCAGAGUUGGGAUUUAGCAGCAGGUGAAACAGCAAUUUUGUUUCACAUGUUUUGUGCAAGUGCAAAAGAAGUAAGCCUUUAUAUAAAGGCUCAGUUUAAAUUUCGCUAAAUGUCAAACUGACAUUGCAGUAAAAGAAUUUCCUUCUAGAAUCAGUCCCUUUUUAGGAGUCCCUGGAAGUCCAGUGGCUUCAGUGUGCAGUGUUUUUGCAGGCUUGCCUCCAGGUUCUUCCAAGGCAUUCAUGCUCCUUUCAGUGGGGUUUUGGUAAGGAAGGUCUUUAGAAAUAAAUAUCUGAAUGGUCAGGUUUUAUUUAGAAAAAAAAAAAAUUAACAUAAAACAAACUCAAGGUAAUGGAACUUUUUUUCAGAUUUUCUAUUACAAAAAUAACAGUGCAGGGAAAACAAAGAGUCAAAAUGUAAAACUUUCAGUGUCAUUUUUAACAGUACUAGGACAAAAUAAUUCAGGCAGAAAACCACAUCUAUUUUUUUAAGCUCAGUGUCUUUUAGUGUUUGUGCAGAACUGUUGGGUUAUUUUAUCUGAGCUGCUAGGGUAAAUACUGGAAAACCAGUCUUUAACUUCAAUGAAAUGGGAUUAUAUUUGGCAGUUACGUUACAAAUUUGAACAUAUUUAUUAUCACUGUUUCCUCUUUUAAUAUAUAUUGUCUCCUUCUGUAUCCACAGGUGUGUGGAUAAAUUUAUAAAUAAUAUUUCAAGGGCAUUAAGAAAUUAAACCCUAGCCCCAUUGAUAGUAGUAGACUUUUUUACUGGUUUUAAUGCCUUUUAUCUCAUUAAAAACUGAACUUAUUCUGCAGUUUUUUUGUCUAGAGAAUCCUCCAGCUGACCUUGAGGGGAGUCUUUGCCUGAUGGGGGGGUGUCAUUCAGGGCAGUUGAGUAGAUGUUUUUAAAAUAAUGGGGGUCUGCACUGUCACCACUGCAGUUACAUGUAGUAGAACAAAUGCACUGUGUGAUUUGUACAGUAGAAGCCAAAACAAUCAGGCUGGUUGAUAGAGAUGGACAAUACCUUGCAAAAUGUGAAGCAAGAAAUUGGUCUUUCUCACAAAUUUCAUUAGUCUCUUGGUGCUAGAUUAGCAAAAUGAAGGCACGUGGCAAAAUAGGCUUAUUAAGUUAGGAGGGAUUUCAAGUGCAGAGCAAUAGAGCAAGGGAUUAGUCUGGACCAUCAGAGGCUGUAUCAGUCCUUCUGUGGAAAGGUGCAGUUUGUGGAAAGUGGGGUAUUUUCUGCAGGGGUGCCUGUUUGCUGCCUUUUCCUAGUGGAAGAUUUGUUAACACAGGGAAUUAUUUACUUUUUUUAACCACCAUGGCUAUGUACAGGUGUGGUGGUUUCCAAAACACUCCUGAGAUACUUCUCCAAGUAAAACUGGGGAAGAGAUCUGGUUGAUACACCUGCUGGUUGAUCACAAAAAAUAGCUCCUGCAAUGAGAUAAAAUGUGGAUGCCACUUCCCAGUAUUCUCAAUUCAUAGCCAUAUUCCAUGUGCCUUUGCUUAAUGCACAAUGAAAAAUGCUUUAUUAAUGUCAUUCAUAAUUUGGUAAAUUAAAUCCAAGAUAUUUUCCAUCUAGUCAUCAAAAAGCCUGAAAGUAUGAAUGUUGUUCAGAAGGACUUGAAUUUUUGAGAUUGCUUUUCAUGUCAUAUAUUAAAAAAUAUCCAGUCUGAGAACAGAUAAUAAUUUAAUCAUGUUGUUUUAAUUUUAUUUUAUUGUUGUGGUUAAAAAAAAACACCAAACAGAAAAGCUUUACUGUGAGAAAUGAAGGAAAAUGUCAGGAAAGUGGAUUCACUGAAAAAGUUCACUUUAUUAUUUUAGAGAGAAUGUUGUUACACUGCUAUUGUUUUUUAUUGUAUUUACAAUGUAUUAUUUGCUUAACCCUGUAAAUUUUGAAAUGUAACUACUGUAACCUGGAAUAAAUAAAUAAAUCUUA